AUGGCUGUGGCUGGUUGGGGCCUCAGGGCCUGGGGCAGCCUGGUGCUACUGGGCCUGUGUAGCUGGACAGGGGGCAGCGCAGCCGACCCCAACCCAGUCAGAAACCUGAGUGUGGAGGCUCAAACAACCAGUUCCAUCACCUUACGCUGGGAGGCCCCUGAGGGCUCAGAACUUAAGAACUACACCUACUGGGUCUGUUGCACUGGAGAUGGUGUCAAAACUGAGACCCGAAACACCACAAAUACCAGUAUCACAGUGGAUGGACUUGAACCUGGGUCUUCAUAUACAUUUUACGUGUGGGUGGAAACAAAUGGAUCAUAUAGCUCUAAGGAGAUUUUCAAUACUUCCACAGCUCCCAACCCAGUUAGAAAUCUGAGCGUGGAGGGUCAGACCAACAGCUCCAUCACCCUGAGCUGGGAGGUCCCCGAAGGCCCAGACCUGCAGAACUACACCUACUGCGUCCAUUGCACUGGAGAAGGUAACAUAAACAAGACCCAAAACACAAUAAAUACCAGUGUCACAGUGGAUGGACUUGAACCCGGAUCCUUGUAUGAAUUUCGGGUGUGGGUGGAGAAGAAUAGAAUCAAUAGCUCUUGGAAGACUCAAAAUGCUGCCACAGUUCCCAACCCAGUAACAAAUCUGUCUUUGAAGGGUCAGAUCAACAGUUCCGUUGCCUUGAGCUGGGCAGCCCCUGAAGGCCCAGACCUUUGGGACUACAUCUACUAGGUCCAGGGAACUGGAGAAGGUGACAAAAAUGAGAUCUGAAACACAACCACCAGCAUCACAGCUGGUGGACUUGAACCUGGGACCUUGUACCAAUUCUCUGUGUGGGCAGAAAAGAAUAGAGUACUUGGUUCCAGGUGGAACAUCAGCAUAUCCACAGCUCCCAAUGAGGUCACGGAUCUGCAGAACAUAACUCAGACCAACAACUCAGUCACCCUUCAGUGGAAGGCCCCUGAAGACACCCACUCUCAGCUUUACAUAUACCGGGUCCAGUGGACCAGUGGGGGAUACCUCCAGAGGGAGCAAGACCCCCAAGCAGAUUGUGCUAACCAGACUGGCAUGACCAAUGAAACCACGUACGAAGUGAAGGCCCUCGAACCCGGGACUCUGUACAACUGCAGCGUGUGGGCAGAGAGGAAUGAUGUAGCCAGUUCCACACAGAGUCUCUGUGCAUCCACAGACCCAAACCCAGUCACCAUCACCUCCUGCAUCAGCACCUCGGGGGGCUAUGGGAUCAUGCUGAACUGGUCCUGCCCCUCAGGGGGCUACGAGGCAUUUGAGAUGGAGGUGGGUGAGCAGUGGAGCUCGCAGGACAGAGCUUCAUGUUGGAAGGGUGUGUCCGUGUUGGGUCUCAGGCCGGCUAAGUCCUACUCAGCCACUGUCACGACUGUCUGGGAUGGAAAGAAGGCCCCUUCUGCCUCUGUGAUCUGCCACACCGAGAGUGCAGGGGUCAUUGCUGGAGCCAUUGUGGGCACCCUCCUGUUUCUCAUCCUGGUGUGCCUGCUGAUUUUCUUCCUGAAGAGGAGGAAUAAGAAGAACCAGGAGAAAGUAGGACCCAGGGAUCUGGUCUUCAGCUUGCCAGGGGACAUCCUGGCCCAAGACUUUGCUGAGCAUGUCAGGAAAAAUGAGAAGGACAGCAAUUGUGGUUUUGCAGAGGAGUACCAGAAAUUGGCCCUGGAGGGCCAUGGCCAGUCUCAGAUGGUGGCGUCAGCUCCAGAAAACAGUGCCAAGAACCGCUACAGAAAUGUGCUCCCCUAUGACUGGUCACGGGUGCCCCUGAAGCCCCUCCCUGGGGAACCAGGCUCUGACUACAUCAACGCCAGUUUCAUGCCUGGUCUUUGGAACUCCCAGGAGUUUAUUGCAGCCCAGGGUCCCCUGCCACAGACCAUUGGUGAUUUCUGGCGCUUGGUGUGGGAACAGCAGAGCCAUACCCUGGUCAUGCUGACCAACUGUGUGGAGUCUGGCCGGGUGAAGUGUGAGCAUUAUUGGCCUUUGGACGCUCAGCCCUGCACCCAUCGUCACCUACAGGUGACCCUGAUGGAUGAGAAGGUGAUGGAGAACUGGACAGUCCGUGAUCUGCAGCUCCUCCAUAUGGAGGAGCAGAAGACUCUAUUCGUGCGCCAAUUCCACUACCUGGCCUGGCCAGACCAUGGUGUCCCCCACUCCCCAGACCCCUUGCUCGCUUUCUGGAAGAUGCUUCGGCAGUGGCUGGACCAGACCAUGGAGGGAGGCCCACCCAUUGUGCAUUGUAGUGCUGGCGUGGGCCGCACCGGCACACUAAUUGCCCUGGAUGUCCUGCUCCGGCAGCUGGAGUGUGAGGGUCUCGUAGGGCCCUUCAACUUCCUGAAGAAGAUGAGAGAAAGCCGGCCAUUGAUGGUGCAGACUGAGGAGCAGUACGUGUUCCUACACAAGUGCAUCCUGCGGUUCCUCCAACAGUCAGCCCCAGCCCCAGCUCAGAAGGAGGCUACCUAUGAGAAUGUGGCAGACCUUAUCUACGAGAAUGUUGCUGCCAUCCAGGCCCACAACUUGGAGGUCUAA